UUGUUCCAAUGCUUACAUACCUCCUAUCCCCCUCUGGGGGGACACGAUAUGUUUCGUGAUAACGAGGUGGACGGAAUUCGUCGCCGCUGUAAUAAUCGUAAUAAUAGUCAAGUAGAGCAAUCAAGUUCUUUAUCGUUAUCGCAAUGUUUUUAGUUCGCGUUGCAAACCACGAAGUGUCCUCCAAUAAUCGCGUUAAAAACGAAAAUUGUGCAGUCUUCAUGUCUUUUAUUCAAUAAAAAAAUAUUUAUGUUACUAUUUUGCAUCAAAGUUAAUUUCUUGGACCGAUGCUUCUUUGAGGAAAGAUCGCACGAUGUUUUCUGCCAUUAAAAGACUAGCCGGAAAGUCUGAUGGAGUCGGCAAUGCGUCUCCCAGACCGGCCCACCAAUCCAUGCCGACGAAUCUUCAGAGAAAGUUUGCCAAAGGCGUGCAAUAUAAUAUGAAAAUAAUAAUAAAGGGAGACAGGAAUGUAGGAAAGACAUGUUUAUUCUAUAGACUGCAGGGGCAAAAGUUUAUCGAAGAGUAUAUACCCACGGAAGAGAUACAGGUGGCGAGUAUACAGUGGAAUUACAAAGCCACCGACGACGUGGUCAAGGUGGAGGUAUGGGAUGUUGUAGAUCGCGGCAGACGCCGGCGGAAGUUGGAGGGUCUGAAAAUGGAUAACGCUCCGACUAACGCGGAAAACGCGAUCGAGGAACCCGCUCUAGAUGCCGAGUUUCUCGACGUUUACAAGGGUACCAAUGGUGUCAUUAUCGUGAUGGACAUCACGAAGAACUGGACGUUCGACUACGUACAGCGUGAGCUGCCGAAGAUACCUAGCCACAUACCCGUCAUUGUCCUCGGCAACCACUGCGACAUGUCGCAUCACAGAACCGUCACCGCGGAUCACGUGACGUACUUCAUAGAUUCGCUCCAUGAGAGAACUGCACAAGUGAGAUACGCGGAGUCAUCGAUGCGAAAUGGCUUCGGCCUAAAACUGCUGCACAAAUUUUUUAAUCUACCGUUUCUGCAGCUGCAACGCGAGACAUUGCUAAAGCAGCUCGAGACCAACGAGGAAGAGACGCGUCUGACUGUCCAAGAGCUCGAUCUCUUCCAGGACAGCGACGAUGCUGACUACAACAAAUUCUUGGACAAUCUCGUGAAUCGUAGAAGAGCCCUUGCCGAUUCAGUGUCCGCCAGUAAUCUAGUCUCAAAUGUUCCGUCGUCUAUGAGCAACUAUCAUCUUGCACCUUCCAACACGAAUGUUGUUGGAGAAGUCAAAAGAUCAGCCUCUAUGCCCGGUCCGAUCGGCGGCGGAACUCCAAUACCGAUGAAAAAUUUAGAGAUGAAAUCGUUACCGAGAAAAGAGAGUUCUACGACGAGCACAUCAGAUAACGUAUCUAAUUCUACGAAAACGUCACAAAUUUCGACAGCAUCUAUUUCGCAAAAUUCCGCUGCUAAAAUAGAAGCGGCUAAACCGGCUGAAUCUGCCAAUAACAACGGCGAGAGAAGAGAUUCGCUUAAUCGGCCAUCACUUAUGUCCAAGAUCUUCGGUCAUAAGAAGGAAGACGAGACAGACGGGAAACUGCCAAAUAUUAAAAAUGUUAGUUUAAACGCACCGUUGACUAGUGUCGAAGACUUCGUGCCGGAUGGAAUGCUGGACAAAUCGUUUUUGGAAGGCUGCAGUAUGAGCUCCAACUCCCUCACUCCAGAGCCAGAUCCUGUACCUGUAGCUCAAGAAGGUGCAGAAUCUGAGAGUGAUGUGGAGACUGGUAAUCCUCUGGUAGCCGGUUAUGAGGAUGACUUGUCGUCCAUCGAAGAAGUAGUUUCUCCUGUACAGCCAAAAUUAGCAGAGAAUCCGCUGUCCAAACAAAAACACAAAUUAGAACCAUUAUCAGGCCCAGAGAUAAAUAUCGAGAAGCCAAUACAAGUCACGAAACGCGACUCUGUUUCCUCUAUAGAGCAAGAAUUGCGUAUCUCCAAUGAAUAUGAGCAACCGAAUGAGCAAUCAGACAUAAACUCAGACGCUUUUGAUAACUGGUUACGACGAGAUUCCAAAUGGCGGCAAAGUCCUGAAGGAGGUGAAGAUGUGAGUAGCACUAGUACGAGGAAGGAUAGACUAGAAUUGAGCGAUAAGAGUCUGGAUGUUAGCGUGACGAGUUCCAAUGUUCAUUUGGAGCUGCUCGAUGACACUAGUAUGCGCCAGGUGAGCUCCAAUGCCAGUAGUCCGGUGAUGAAGGAAAAAAAGAAACACAAAGAGAAGGGAGAUGAGAAGGAGAAGAGGAAAAAGAAAAAGUCAAAAGACAAGGAUAAGGAUAAAGAGAAAACGGAGAAGACCGAGAAGAAGAAGAAACGCUCGUCGCAUCGAACGAAGGAAGAUCGAGAGCGAGACGAGCUUGAAGAAUUUUUGAACGGCUCGGUCACGAGAAUCGGCGUUGAUGUGGCCUACGAAGCGAUUUAGCAUUCCGGAAUUAUUAUCAGUAACAAUUUUUAAAAGCCACGCAUCUUCCAAAAGAAGAAGUCUUCGCUCUCCAAUGUAAUAUAUGUUAUGCUCUCGAAAGCGGAGAAAUAAGAUUUUUCUCGAAAGAGAAAUAAUGUACUUCGGAUUGCGAUCUAUUAAUCUGCGAAAGAAUACAUUCAUUUUCCGCAAACUUGGCGAGACGUCCGUUCUGAGUCACUUUGACCUACGUUUCAGUCGGAUUCGGCAUUUCAGUCUGCCACGAUAAAAAAAUUGUGAUUUUAUUAGGAAUAUGCUUCGGCGAUCAAACCUGCACUUAUUUAUAUUGCAUUUCUUGAAUGUUUGCCGAUUUUUAACGAGUAUUCGAAAAAUCCAUAUAUGGCGAUGAGUUUGUUGCGUGAAUGGAUAUAAUAUUGCGAAUAUCUUUUACCCCUUACGUGAUAUCACGUGAUAUGACGACUGCGGCCAGUAUUCAUAGUUUGAUCUUAUUUCGAGACCGUCUUAAGUAAUGUUUUAAAGUGCUACGGCUCUGUGAUUAGUUUAUGACAUCUUAAGAUUGUACUUAAGAUGGUGUUAAAUAUAAGAACCGACUAUGAAUACUGGUCUACGUGACAUUAUAAUGGCAUAUUUACGAAAUUAUUUAUUAAACUUCUAUUUUCAAUAUUUGUGUUCACUCGCAUUAAGAUUUAUAUGUAUAUUUAUCGUUGAUAUCAUUUUUAUAAAUAUUCUCUUUAGCUUAACACAUAUGCUCUGUCCUUGUUGAAUAUAAUUCUUUUAAAGAAGUUAUCCUAUAUAAGAAUGUUAUGUUAUUGUUGUAUUUUUCAUAACGAUGUAUAGCAUUGUAUGAUCAUUGCAGCUUCAUGUUAAUAAAUAUAUAUACAAGUACGUGUUUAGGUUCUUGUCUUUAUAAGAAGGUGAAAAGAAGGACGGUAAAGCGAAUAAAGAGUUUUAAAAGUUCUAUAAACAUUAAGUUUCUAACAGCCCAAUAGCUCUUUUCAGUAAUUUAAUCUGGAUACAUUUGCGUCACUAUAUCCUUUAUAUUGGAAUUAAUCGUUGGUCAAUCUAAUCCCAGAUUAUAAUAAAAUGAUGAAAAAAAAUAUUUAAAAAAACACAGAUAGCUGGAAAUAAGCGGUAAAAUCCCGAAAAUGUUAACUUGGAAUUAAGAAAUCAAUUUUACAUAGAAUUUACUUGAAGCCUUUCUUUUAAAGAAUCUUGUAAAAAUAUAAUAAAAUACAACGUAAAUUGCAUAACACA